AUGGAUCUAUUCGGCUACAUGCGCAUCCACGAGAGCGGAAUUGACCACAAUUCCGACACGCCCAUCAUGCCCAGCACCACCCUCGCACCGUCCAUCCGCGCCACCACCAACGCCUCCUCUGUAGCUGAUUCUGACACCGCGGACUGCACAUGCCCACACUGUCCACGCACAUUCACCUCACGCAUCGGCCUGGUCGGUCACUUGCGAAUCCAUCGCACAGAGACCGGAGAACCAGUGCCUGGAGCACCAACCUACACCCACCAAGCUCGCCUCAACUGCCCACACUGUCCUCGCACUUUCAGUCCCCGCAUGGGCCUAUUCGGCCACGUGCGCAUCCACGACGACAUGCGGUAG